UCCGUCUGUUCAAUGUCUGGAUUUUGUUUACAUAAAAUAGUUUUACUGUAUGUUUCUGCUACCAUACUGUACAGUAUUUUUUUUCUAUCCUUGACCUAUUCAGAAUGUGUGCUCAAGUACAUCAGUAAAAUGUUAGAGCGAAAUUAUUUUAGGGAAAAGUGAAGAUUUUAAAUGUGAUAUUUAUAAGCAUGACAGAAGGUUGUUAUAAAUGAACAGCCCUCAUCUCACAACAGCACUCCCUCCAUGCAGAAAGAAAAUGCUGGGGCCAUUCCAGUUCUAGAGUUUUCUAGUGCUGAGGGGCUACACGCCCAUUGUUAGAGCCUGGGCAGAACAGCAUGUUAUGCAAGAUGUGAUCUUAGGGACUAGAUACAUAAUUGAAGAAAGUCAAUGUUCAAAAUGGAACCCUUUUCCUUUUAUAGUGUACUGUUUUUUUUUUAGCAUGGCCUGUUGUGCAUUGGGGGAUGAAGUUCCCAUUUAUGUUGCAUUCUUUUUUAAUUCUUUUUUCACAGGCUCACUUGUCUCAAUCAAGACACAAUCUGUUAUCUACACAGUCGGAAAACAGAAAGUUAGGAGAGAAUAUUGGAUGGUUAUAAAAAUAAAUUUGCCAUGUGAUCGCAGUAACCUUCCGGUUUUCAAUAUGACCUAUAACCUCGCGAUGAUUCAGGGCGGAGGGGAGUGUCAAAUUCCAAGAGAGAAGAGAGAGGGAGAGAGGGGCGCAACGUUAAAUUGCAAGCUCUAUGCAACAAUGGGGGACGACCGACCAUUUGUGUGCACGGCUCCGGGCUGCGGACAGAGGUUCACCAACGAGGACCACCUGGCCGUACACAAACACAAGCAUGAGAUGACGCUGAAGUUUGGACCUGCCAGGACUGAUUCUGUUAUAAUCCAAGGUACUGGUUCUCCUAACCAGACCCCUACUCCGACUCGCUUUCUGAAGAACUGUGAGGAGGUGGGGCUGUUCAACGAGCUGGACACCUCCUUCGCUGAGGAGUUCAGGAAGGCCCAGGAGGAUGACGACAAGCGGUCCAAGAACCCUGUGAGUAGGACGAGCUUGCUUCCUGUCCCCAACAGGGAGGAGGCCCUCGACAUGAGCCUACAGACGCCGUCGGGAGAAGCCGUGAAAGUAAAGGAGGAGGAGCCUGUGGAGGUCGACUCAACCCCACCAGGAAGUCCGGACUCCUUCUCCAGCAUGUCAGACAGUAGCAGGGAUGCCAUGGUGAGAGGGAGAAAGGACACCUCCCCGAGGCCGGCGCUGAGCUCGGCGCCCACCCCCACCAUCGUGAGGCCUGGCUCACUCCCUGCACGGCCCCGCCCGGGCUCUCUGCCUUUGCACAUGGGCUUCGACGGCCUGCAGCCCACCAUGCCUUCGCCCACCUCCGUCAUCACACCCACCCCGCCCUCCAACCGCACCAUGUUGAGCUCUCCCACUGGCCAUUACCCAAUGAUGAUGCAUCUUCCCAACGGGCUGCUCCCGGGGCCAGUGCAGAUCCCCUCCGUCAUAUCGUUGGCUCGGCCGAUGCACAUGGUGCCCAACAUUCCCGGCAUCCCUGGUCCUCCUCUGGGAGGGGGGGGCAGUGGCUCCAACUCCCCCUCCGGAUACAGCACUCACUCAGAGGCCAAGAUGAGACUGAAGGCCGCGUUGGCCCAGCAGAGUUCAGGAGGUCAGAUGGGAGGGGUGGCUGGAAGCCCCAUGCACCCCCAAAGGAUGGAGCAGAGCCAGCUGUUGGUGCAGCACCCAGAUGCCCCCUCCCCCGCCCAGCCACAGGUGUCUCCGGCCCAGCCCACUGGCGGCCGACGGCGACGAGCCACGGAGGAUGACCCCGACGACAGAAGACAGCGUUUCCUGGAGAGGAACCGGGCGGCUGCGUCCCGUUGCCGUCAGAAACGCAAAAUCUGGGUCAACUCCCUGGAGAAGAAGGCAGAGGAGCUCACCUCCAUGAAUGUGUCUCUAGCGAAUGAGGUGUCUCUCUUGAGGAACGAGGUGGCCCAUCUCAAACAGCUGUUGUUGGCUCACAAAAACUGCCCUGUCACCGCUCUACAGAAGAAGGCCGCCUAUAUAGGAGACGGCAGUACUAUGAAAGACAUGUCCGAGCCUGUGGGCUCCCCGGCUGCAGUCAUCCAGCACAGCUCCCUGCCCAGCCCGUCUCCUUCCUCAGGCUCCAAUGGCAUGAGUUCCCGGGCGGCGGCCGAGGCCGUGGCCAUGUCUGUGCUGGCUGAGAUGGGCCAACACCAGCUGCACCAGAACCAGCCGCGGAGAGGGGAGCGGGACGGAGGACGAGACGGUCCCCCCUCCCAUAUCGUCAUGGCCACACAGUCACACCACUCUGACAGAUGAUGAGCAUUUCACACGGGCUGGGACCGCGCUGCACACACACCACCAGACCCCACCCCUGGGCGGGGGGAGAGGAGGAGCCUAAAACAAUCCCCUUCCAAGUAAAAUACAACCCCCCCCCCCCAC